AUGGCCAACCUGCAGCGCAAGCCCGCCCUGCACCUCUCGGUCGCGCCCGGGAGCGCGUCACCGACCCCGUCGACGUCGCAGGCCGGCUCGUUCGCGCGCCGCGUCGGCUCGUGGGGCUCGGCCACGAGCGAGACGUACCACACGCUGUCGGCGUACGGCGACCAGCGCAUGGCGCCGCUCCCCUCGCCCCUCGAAGGGCGCGAGUGGGGCUUUUUUGGCGGCGAGGCGCGCAACGGCGGCGGGAGCGACGCAGGAGGCGCGCCCGGCGGCGGCAACUGGCAGAGCGGGUGGAACGCGGCGAGCGUCGGGACGGGCGGCGGGCGUUCGAGGGCGAGCAGCGUGUUUGAGGAGUUUCGCGACCCGUCGCUCGACUUUGGGCGCAGCGUUGGGCGCCCGUCGGUUCCGGGCGCGAGCGCGCGCACCGACAGCUGGGUGAGCGCCGCGAGCAACCACCACGGCGCCGGCGCCGUCGACGAGUUUGGCGCCUUCCCGAGCACGUCGCCCGUCAAGAACGGCUCGUCGUUCGCCGCCUCCAGCGCCGACGCCGACGCCGACGGGCGCCGAGAGCCCGCGCGCAGCAAGACGCUCUCGUUCUUCGACGACGAGAUGUCGCGCGCUCUGUCGCCGCCGCUCAACCCGCCGUCGCGCAAUAACUCGCUCAACCACCGCAGCACCAACGGGCCGCGACCGUCUUCCUCGUCGACGGCGGGCCUGGCGGCGCCCCUGCCGCCCUCACCCGGCUGGGAAAAGGCGACGCACGACCCGCUGCGGUCGUCGAUCGCGUCGAGCAGCGGCGGGAGCUGGCUCGACGAGGCGGCGGGCGGGUCGAACAGCUGGAUGCGCGGCCGAGGAGGGAGCAUCGGCAGCGUCGCGAGCACCGACGCGGGAGGGUGGCAGGCGCCGUCGGGCGCGCUCACGCCGAGGCGAGUGUCGCCGUCGAGGCCGCUUGGCAGCUUUCUCGACGGCGACGAGGCGUCGCCGCUGCACGACCUGCGACCUCGCCUCGCCGCCCUCAACACGUCGUCGCCCUCGCCCUCGUCCGGCUUCGCAUCGCCCAGCCCUCAUUCGCUCCCGCACAAGCCCCUGUCGUCCCUCCCGAGUGCCGUCGAGCCGGGCCCUCGGUCACGCUUCCUCGACCUCGGCUCGCUCGGCUCGCGCACCAACUCGCCCUCGCCGUCCGCCUUCCUCAACAACUUUGUCGCGCUCGACGACGCACCCUCGCCCGCCUCGUCCGGCGCCACCACGCCUGCCGGGCUCCCUGCAUCCCGUCGACCCGCACGCGACCUCGACGUCGCAGCCGCCGUAGCCGUCGCGGCCGGGCCGCCCAUCUCGUCGCCGCGAGAAGACGAGGGCGCCCCGCUCCAGCGCGGCGACCGCGUUGGCGACUACGUCGUCGAGCGCGUCCUCGGCACGGGCUCGUUUUCGCGCGUCGCCCUCGCUCGUCUCGCCAAGGGCAAGAGCCGCGAGCGCGAGUCGUCGAGUCGAGGAGCGGCGACGCCGACGGGCACGAGCGGCUCGAGCGUCGAGCCGGGCCUCGUCGCGCUCAAGCUGUUGCUCAAGAAGACGUGCGAGGCGAACGAGCGCAUGCGCAUCAGUGUCAUGCGCGAGGUCGAGGUCCUCAAGAACAUCCAGCACCCGUCGCUCGUGUCGCUCUCGAGCUCGUUCUCGACGCCCGUCUACACGGCCCUCGUCCUCGACUACUGCCCGGGCGGCGAGCUGUUCGACUUUCUCGGCGAUUGGCACCAGCAGGUGUCGGAGGGUCUCGCCCGGCGCAUGUUCGGCGAGCUGUGCUCGGCCGUCGGGUGGAUGCACGAGGUCGGACUCGUGCACCGCGACAUCAAGCUCGAGAACAUCCUCCUCACGUGCCGGCCCUUUCCCUGCGCCUCGCCCUCGACCCUCCUGUCGUCCUUGCCGACUCCAUUCGUCAAGCUCACCGACUUUGGCCUGUCGCGGUUCAUCAAUCCGGCGUCGCCGCUCCUCGCGACCCGGUGCGGCUCGGAGGAGUACGCCGCGCCGGAGCUCAUCAUGGGCAAGAAGUACGACGGCCGACAAACGGACGCCUGGGCGCUCGGCGUCGUCCUGUUCGCCAUCAUCACGGGCGUCAUGCCGUUCGUCGAGGCGACCGACGCCGGCCCUCGAGGGCGCAAGGCCUACCUUCUCAAAAUCGCCAAGGCCGACUACCGCUGGCCCGGCGCCCUGUCGCUCUCUCGCGCACCGUCCCUCUCGGCCUCGACACCCGCACGACCCUCGCACCUCGCGCACGGCGCGUCCGCCUCCGAGCCGGGCCUGCACCCGUCCUCGACCUUCGACGACCCGCUCUCGGCACCGCCGACGCCCUCGACGCGCUUCGUCACGCCCGCCGUGCAGGUCCUCGUCGGUCGGCUCCUCGUGCGCGACCCGGCCAAGCGCGCAACGGUGCGCGACGUGUGGGACUCGGAGUGGAUGGACGGCGAGGGGCGGCCGCCGCGAGUGAGGGGGACCGUGCGAGGGGUCGAGGCGGCGCAGGGGCCGGCCGAGAUGCCCGAGUGGAGCAGGAGAGGGAGCGAGUUCCUAGACGACUAGAGCGACGGUGACUAUCGAGACGCGGUUGGACCUCUC